AGCAGGGCGCCUGCUCGGCCACCAGAGGGCGUGUUUUCUCCGUCUCCUCCGUGAACCGGAAUGAUAUGGUUUCACCUUGGGUGCAUACAUAUCGCCGCGGAGGCACACAAUUUAUUGUAGCUGGGGAUUUGACAUUCAAAUGAAAGAUAAAUGUCACUUUAGUAACGCAGUGCGUCUGGCUGUUCUUCAAACAGAGGGGAAACAUGAAACAAGACGUCAGGAUACUUCUAUUGGGGGAACCCAAGGUGGGGAAGACAUCACUCAUCAUGUCUCUGGUCGGUGAGGAGUUCCCAGAGGAGGUUCCCCCCAGAGCUGAGGAGAUCACCAUCCCCGCUGACGUGACUCCAGAGAAGGUGCCCACACACAUUGUGGACUACUCAGAAAAAGAGCAGACGGAUGAAGUCCUUAGAGAUGAGAUUGUCAAGGCUAAUGUGGUGUGCGUAGUGUAUGAUGUCACCAAUGAGGAGACAAUAGACAAGAUCAGAACUAAAUGGAUACCUUUAGUGAACGGAGAUGCAGAGAAAGGGAACAAAGUUCCCAUCAUCCUCGUGGGAAACAAGUCUGAUCUGCGCAGUGGGAGCUCAAUGGAAACCAUUCUUCCCAUCAUGAACCAGUUCUCUGAGAUUGAGACAUGUGUUGAGUGUUCUGCAAAGAACCUGAAAAACAUUUCAGAGCUGUUCUACUAUGCACAGAAGGCAGUUCUUCACCCCACUGCACCUCUUUAUGACCCUGAGGACAAACAGCUAAAACCAUUGUGUGUCCGAGCUCUUAGCAGAAUAUUCUACAUUUCAGACCAGGACAACGACCGUAUCCUCAGUGACGCUGAACUCAACUGCUUUCAGAAAUCUUGUUUUGGGAAUCCUCUGGCACCUCAAGCUUUAGAAGAUGUGAAGACAGUAGUUUGGAAAAACACCAGCGAUGGGGUGCAGGACAACGGCCUCACCCUAAAUGGUUUCUUGUUCCUUAAUACAUUAUUUAUCCAGAGGGGCCGACAUGAAACCACGUGGACUAUACUCAGGAAGUUUGGUUAUGACGACAACCUUGAGCUGACUGAUGAUUACCUUUACCCCGAACUUAGAGUUCCAGUCGGCUGCACCACAGAGCUCAAUCAUGUAGGUCACCAGUUCCUUCAGCGGCUGUUUGACAAGUACGAUGAAGACAGAGACUCUGCCCUGUCACCGACGGAGCUCAAGAACCUGUUCUGUGUCUGUCCUUACAUGCCAUGGGGCGCAGAGGUCUACAUGACCGUCCCAACCACAGACAAGGGCUACAUUUCUAACCUUGGCUACCGCUGUCAGUGGACGCUUUCUGCAUAUCUUGAUAUCCACCGCUGCCUGGAGCACCUAGGAUACCUAGGCUACCCUAUCCUCACUGAGCAAGAGUCACAGACUGCCGCAAUCACAGUAACACGGGAGAAAGAGGUGGACCUGGAGAAGUGCCAGACACAGCGGUCAGUGUUUCUCUGCAAGGUGAUUGGACCACGGGGGACGGGCAAGACAGCCUUUCUUCAGGCCUUUCUGGGCCGCAACGUUGUGAGUAAGGGAAAUCCUAGCAGUGCCUUCUCCCCCUAUGCCAUUAACACUGUCCAAGUCAGCAACCAGGAGAAGUACCUUAUCCUCAAUGAGGUGGAUGUGGAGGUGGAGUUCCUGAAGGCAUCAGACGCCUUCUGUGAUGUUGCUUGUCUCAUGUACGACACAAGUGACCCACACUCCUUCGACUACUGUGCCAGCAUAUACAAGCAACAUUACAUGGAGAGCAAUAUCCCAUGUGUGCUGGUCGCCUCCAAGGUGGAUCUUCCUGAGGUCAAGCAGUUUCAUGGAAUGGCUCCAGCAGAGUUCUGUUAUAAACACCGCUUGCCUCCACCGCUGCCCUUCUCCAGCCUGCUCCUCGAUGCCACCAGCAAGAACAUCUCCACCAGGCUCGCCUGGGCAGCAACAUACCCACACCUGAAUGGUUCAGACAUGACCAACACAUCCUUUUGGCUGAGAGUGGCCUUAGGCUCGGCUGUGGUCGCUGUUCUCGGCUUUGCCAUCUACAGAGCCAUAUCCAGACUGAAAUGAUCAACAACCAGCCGAUGUUUUUUUCACCCACGCUUCCAUCCAUCCAUAAAGACCAAUCCUCCAAGACCAGAUCCAGAACCAGCGCAGUCUGAAACUAGUCUGCGUCAUUUUACUUUUCACGCUGAAGGCUCACAAGAAAUUCUUCAUAUCUCUGCCCUUUCUCAGUAUCUGACUUCUUGACUUUGUCCUUCCCUCUGAGUCGGUUGAUCGCAAUACUUCAAGGGCAGUUGGAAGCUAGUGAUGAUAUUAUUCCCCACACUGCUGUGCCCAGCUUUUUCUGCCUUAUAUUGUCCAGUCGAGCUAAGUAGGAGUUAGCCUGUCAGAGCUCGGUGCAUUGAUACAUGAAGGCCAGUUCAUGUCAAAAAGGUGCUUUAUCAGAGGAGAAGAAAUGUGGGAAGACGAUUGCGUCUAAUCUAUUGCUCCCAUCAAUUAUUUGUUAUGUUUUGAUGGUGAGAUUGGAGAGUUUUUUUAUACAUGCAGAUUUUCAGAAGCAUAUAUUAGAAAAAUGCCAAAUUAACUACACUAGAGAACCAAAGGGCAGUACAUGAAGCAUUUUUAAGACCAAACAUCCUGAUUGGCUGCCACUGAAUCUCUUGCUGCAGCUCCUCAAAGAACACUUCCUUUUCAUCAUGCCACCACAGAUAUAAGACGUGCAUAACGGAUUUGCCAAAUAACUCCAGCAGCAAUGAGCAGUCGUAGCAUGUUAUUAGCUCCCUAGGCAUAUUAGUUUGCCUGAAAAUGAAACAUUUUAUUGUUUUUAGCUGUAAGGCCUCCACUUAUCUGCUGUGGCAGGAUGAGAUGUGCAUGAAGAAAAAAUGGCGGUUUGUUUAUGCGUCUACAAGAACUCUGUCAGAAAUAUGUUUGUCCUGUGAAAGGAGGGCGGCAAAAGCUAUAAAUUACAAAUUGUGGAAGAAAAAUCUGGUCGUGGUUAUCGCUGCUUCCACUCAUCUUCCCUAUGUUCAUUUUGAAAUGGAAUUAAUUUUGAAACUGAAAUAGAUAGAUAAUCUGCUUUUUUUUCUAUUGACACACACCUGACACUGUGCAUACACUUUGACCUUACAUAAUCUGCCAUCUUACUGUUUUCCCAACAUGAGUCAUUCAUGUUAACGUCUGUUCUGUUGCUUAAUUUGGCUGGGGACCUGCUGUUUCUGCAGAAUACACUUGUGUGACUUUUAAAA